AGACGACACACUAAGAGGACGUAGCUAGGGAAGAGAACGCAUUAAGCAUCAGUGAUUGUUUGCAGUUUUGCCAUGCUAUAAUUACCACCUGCUUCACUACUAUAAGCUAAAAAACGAUUCUUAAGUUCCACUAGACUGGGACACUCAACCAGCAAAUGCCUAACAGUCAGCGGAACUAAGCAAUCGUCACAGAAGGGCUCAUUCUCCCCAUCCAUCAGAUAGCCUUAGUCAUGGUUUCAUACGCGAAGUAUAGCCUGGUUCCAACUGAGGAGCCAAAGGAACAAGAAGUACCGCAGCACACAGGAGCCUUUGAUUACAAUUCGGCAUUUAGCUACAAAUCAGCCUUCGACUAUGGAUCAAAAACAUCUAGUCAGUACCAGAGUGCAUUCGACUAUGGCUAUGGUCACAGGUCUCACUCUGUUAGCCUCGGCCUUGGGGAUAAGGGUAAAGAUGAAAAGAAGAGAAGGUUCACCAGCUUCAGUUUCAUGAACUGUUUAGCAUCAGUUGUAACAGCAGUAAGCUACUUCUUCAUAUGCUUAACCUUUCCUGUUACACUAUGGUUCUGUUUCAAGAAAAUUGCCCAGUGGGAGCGCCUCAUUGUUUUCCGCCUUGGGAGACUACGUGGUGCUCUGGGCCCUGGUGUGGUAUUUAUUAUUCCAUGGCUGGACAGGCAUAAUCGUGUGGACAUGAGGACAAAGGCUUUCUCAGUUCCUCCACAACAGCUCAUCACAGCUGAUAACGGAAUAAUUGAAAUGGGAUGUGAAGUAAAGUACAGAGUUAGUGAUGUACAGCGGCUUACUACAUCUGUCACGUCUCCAGAGCAUGGGUUGAGGAGUUUUGGGAAAACUGUUCUUCUAAAUGUUCUUACAAAGCACACAGUUCGGGAGACUGAACGUGAUCGUCCUUCCAUUGCUUCAAAGAUUCAGAAAGAGCUAAAUUUGAGAGUUUUAGAAUGGGGCAUUGAAAUUGGAGAUGUAUCAUUGAGUAAUGUAAACAUCUUGAAAGAAGCUGAACCAAGUAACCCACUGAAGCCCAUUAUGAACUGCUUUGGGUCUGGUGGUGCAGAUGUUUUGGUUCCUCCAGCUGCUGCAAAUAAAGCAGGAGGAUCUGCAAUGUUCAACAUGGACUUCUCUUUCUUGGGAGCUGCUAAUUCUAAAAAAAAGUCAGAAAAUAUUGUUACAAGCAGUCGUUCGCCACAAACAAAACUGGGGAAACAUCUACAGGGACUCAUCGGAGGUGUGGGAGGAGCUGAUCUCACUCAUGGCAUCUACAGACUUCAAGUGGAGGGGAAGGAUGGUGGUGUCUUCAUAAUAUUCAUUGGAAAUGGAGUGCGCCAGGUAGUAGAAGGAGAUCUCCCUAAAGUAACCCCUGAUGUGGCAGUAACCAUUGCAAAGAAUGACCUCAUGGCCAUUUUUGAUGGCACUCUAGCUCCUCUACAAGCCUACCUUUCUGGUCACCUGACUGUGCAAGGUAAUGUUCAGAUGCUCAUGGGAUUAGAAUCUUUACGUAACGGAGCAAACAAAGAAGACAUAUUUAUAGUUUAGAGAUGUGUCAUGUAUUUGCUAAAGCAGAGAAAUCUGAAUGCUACCCUUCUCUAGGGAAUAAUGAUCUACAGUUUCCAUUGAAUACUGCUUCAAAAAUCUCAAUUUAUUAUGUGUUGGUUAACAAAUUACAGUAGCUGACAAUCCUGAAUACAGAAGUUAUGGGGGUUUGUAAAUAUUUUGCAAGUUAUAAAUUAUAAUGUGCCAUCAAUGUAAAAUGUAAGCCAUCUCUCAAGGUUUUGGUAUUAAUUUUUAAAACACAGAACAUGUAUAACUCAAAAUCAGUUAUUUGAAUAUUAGCUACAGUAAUUUUUUUUUUAUUCUAUACUUUAUGUUAAUGUUGUGGUACAUUCUUGUAGUACAGUAUUUGCUUCUUUGGGUCUCGUAAUAGUUUAUGUAACCAUUAGCUGUUAACAUAUUAAGUAGUUCUUUAUAAGAUAGUUCUUUCAGUUUUGUAUCAAGAAAACAUUAACUAGCAUAGCAUACCUGAAAUGCAGCAACUAUAAUAGCUGUGAAACACUGUAAAUUCUAAGAAUAUCUAAUUGUUACGUGCAAUUUAAAGAUUUUCUUUUGAUUCACAACAGUAUUUUUUUCAAUUACUUUUAGUAGUUGCCUUGAGGGCAGUAGUCAUUAACAUGUUACUUUCUAGAGUAUUUUACAGAAGCUUUUCAUGAGAUAUUCGGGAUAAAUAUCUAAUAUUAGUGUCUUUAACAUUGUAAGAAAUGGAGCUGAAAGAGUUGUAAAGCGGAAACUCUUUCCUGGAUAUAUGGAAGUUCAUAUUUAUUCUUUGCCACCAUCUCAGUGACUAGAUUUCCAAAGAAAGGUUGAUGGAGUGAUUUUCUGGAGUUCUAAGUUGAAAAGUGUUUAAGUAUGUAAAUUUGUAAUCUCCACAGCAUCAUAGAGCUAUUCUAAUUUUGGUGCUGACGUGCCAGUUGUUGCAGCUCUUAAAUGAAAAUUGGUUUUGAAAGCGUCAGUCAGUUGGCAAUACUUUUGGUUACUGUCAUACACUAUCAUGUCAUAAUUAUCAUUCCAGUCUGUAAACAUUAGAUAUUUAUCCUCCCAUUAUUUUUUAUAUACAAUGGCUAGCUAUCCAAAAUGUUAUGAGCAUAUAAUAGAGUGAGAGAGUGUUUUAAAUUUCAGAUAAGUAUAUAUAUUUAUUUUUAAACGUAGGAACUUGUAAAAUGAUCUUGCUUUGAUCUUUACUGUCAAAGAAUGAGUUAUGGGUUAAUUACAACAGAGUACAGUAAUACACUGAGAAUUUUAGAUUCAGGGCUUAACUGUAAUUAUAGAGAGCUAUUGUUAAUACAGUGAUACCAGGGAUGUUUAAAAUCCUUUUCAUUCAGGAUAAUUCAUUUUUAUUUCACGCUUCAUUUCUCAUAGAGAACUUCAGAAAUGAUUGAUUCUUCCCAGUAUAGAUAAACAUUUUGAGGUAUGGCACUGUCAUGGAAAAUUAAUUCCAUGUUUAUGCAAUAAAAUUUCCUAUAUUUAACUGAUAUAGUAUCUGGUUUCUGACAGAAGUGCACCAAUGUGCAAGUGAAUCUCAUUAACUGGGCUUGGCAAAAAUUACAGGUUGAAUACUUAUCAUGUCUAAUUCAGUGUAAUGCUUACUGCUCAUGCAGAUGUACUAGUACUGUAAUGCAGUUCCUCAUUGUAAGAGUGGGUUAAGUGCGCGCCUACCGAUUUGGUAGCCCCUGUUCACUCCCCGCUCUGCCAACGCAUAAUCAGAAGAAUUUAUUUCUGGUGAUUCUCAAUAUAAUAUGGUUCGGAUCCCACAAUAAGUUGUAGGUCCCGUUGUUGUAAGUAACCAGUUGGUUCCUAGCCACGUAAAAAUACCUAAUUCUUCGGGCCAGCCCUAGGAGAGCUGUUAAUUAGCUCAGUGGUCUGGUUAAGCUAAGAUUUACUUAACUCAGUACAGGAAUGCAGUCCACACGACAGUUUCUACAUGCUUGAACUGAAUACAUCUAACAAGUGCAAUCCAAGUGUAGACUGGGUGGAGUAACUCUUAAAAUGGUCAUCAAGUGCACUGACAGCUUUAUGUAUUACGUACUCUAGCCAAUUACAUUUAUGAUUUAGAUGACGACAACUUUUGUUCAAGAUUCCUUUCAGUCCCAUAUUCAAUUUUUCCUAAAUAAAAAUAUUUGUAUUACACACAUAUGUUUACCUGUACCCUUAUCACUUAAAAACAUUAUCUUUGUAUUGUCUCCAGUGACAUAAAGUUUCAAACUUUUGGAAAAUGCAAGACUUGCAACUAAAUUCUUAAUAAAGCAGCUUUUUACAAAUAAUGUAUUGACCCCUUACUUUCAGUACACAAAUUAACUUAAAAGAUUCUAAGUGGAGAAGUGUGACAUAGUAAUAUAAUUUUAUAUUUGUCGCAGUGCACAAUGACAUCUGCAUGGUAAAACAAUUCUGUUUAGCUCACCUGGAUAUGGUAAGACUCUGUCAGUUCUCUUCUGGUUUUCAGUAAACUUCCAGUUCAUACUUAGUGUUCACUUUUGUUUUUGUAUUUAUCAUAAAUUUAUAUGAUAGAUUUUCAGGCAUACAUUAUUUCUGACAUCCCACUGAAAGACGGUGUUUCUAAAUGGGAAGAAAACAACGUCGUAGUUCAUCUCUUGACAGCCCUCGGUUACACACAGAUACUUGUUGCAGUUGGGUCAUGCCCUGUCUUGACUGUUUUGCCUUUAAAUAUGGUACAUAUUUAACUUUGGAGUGUUAAUCAACAUAUAACAGUUGUUAUGGCCAAAAAAAUGAAAGGGGCUGGAGGGAUGAUGGAUCUCACUGCCAUUUAGAACUGGACAGUUGAAAAUUGAAAUGGGGUUUUCAAUUAUCUCGCAAGCUCUUUAUGAGUUUUUACAACGAAAGAAAAGUUAUUUUUGUAAAUGCUUUCAU